AUGUCGUAUCAAAGUUACUACACAAACAUCUCAUGCAAAUAUGUCGUGAUCUUAGGCGUGAUCGCAAUCUUCUUCAUCCUCGUCUUCUUCAACCAAACCAACAUCAAUUCACGAUCUUUCGACAGUAACACGUUCACCGUGACAUGUCAAGAGGGGCUCUUGCAGCCUAAGGAGGCGGCGACCAACUUGAGCCAUUUGAUGUUCGUUUUGGCCGGGAGCUCACGUGCGUGGAGCAGUCGAAGAACUUACGUAGAAUCAUGGUGGAGACCAAACGUGACACGUGGGAAUAUCUUCUUGGACGCGGAGCCGUCGGAAGAGUUCCGGCCCUGGUCUCCGACCUUCCCGCCGUUUAAAGUCAACGAAGACCUCAGGAAACUCAAAAUCUACCGGAAGCUCCGAAAUCGAGUUCACACUCGGAUCUAUAGAUCCAUUCUCGAGAAUUAUAGGCUCAAACAAGACGAGGGUGUAAGAUGGUAUGUGACGGGUGAUGAUGAUACUCUAUUCUUGGUAGACAACAUAGUGGAUGUGUUGUCAAAAUACGACCACACGGAAAAACAUUACAUCGGAAUGUAUUCGGAGACGAUAAAAUCAAAUUUUCACUUCUCCUUUGAAAUGGCAUUCGGAGGAGGAGGAUAUGCUAUAAGCUAUCCUCUGGUGGAGGCUUUGGUGGUAAAAUUGGAUGAAUGUAUUGAGAGGUAUCAUUACAUUUGGGCAGUUGAUCAUUUACAGAGUCUUUGUCUGGCUGAUUUGGGCGUUGAUCUUGUCCUGGACAAAGGAUUUCAUCAGAUUGAUCUGCGCGGUGACGUAUCGGGAUUUCUCUCGUCUCAUCCAAAUGCUCCUCUUCUCAGCCUCCACCACUUCGGGACUGUCGCACCGCUUUUCCCGGGUAUGGACCGUCCUGACUCAGUACUUCAUUUCAUGAAAGCGGCUAACGUGGACCAAUCACGGAUGCUACAGCAGUCGAUCUGCCACGUCAGAGUCAGUAGCUGGACCUUCUCGGUGUCGUGGGGAUACUCUGCUCAUAUCUAUGAGAAGAUUUUCCCACGCAGCUACUUGAAGCGUCCCAUCGAGACAUUCCGUCCUUGGCGCCAAGGAUGGCCGUCUUACAUGUUCGACACGAGACCGGUUUCUCAAGAUCCAUGUGUAGCUCCUCACUGGUUCUUCUUCGAUUCGAUUGGACAAGAGAACGAAAGGGUUGUUACUUCUUACACAAGGAAGUUUCCUAGAAACAUGACUUCUUGUUCCUUCGCCGGGAAUACUUCUGCGGAUCCUAUUGCUUCGAUCCGAGUCUUAUCUCCCAAAACUCCCAAACAGGGACGAAAAGUGGAAUGUUGCGACGUGGAAUAUGAAGGUGCAGAAGUUGCAAACAUAAGACUCCGAGAUUGUAGGGGAGACGAAAUCAUUGCCUAA